AACGCCGAGUUGUGUGGUGAGGCAUUGGUAGCGAUCUCUCGCACGAUCCCGUCAAAGCCAUUGUCUCCUGGCCACUACGCGUUGAAGGCGCUCCGCGCCGGCACGCGAUCUACACCUCCUUGUCGCAACGGCCUCAUUUCCCGGCUCUUUGUCCUUGCUUAGCGCUACUCGCGGUUUCUUUCCUUCCCACCCCCCUGGCACAAGCUCAGCAGCAGCGCGCGAAGCCAGAUGGCGGGGCGUGCUGCGUAUGAGAUGGCCGUGUACGCGGCCUCCACAGUCGACAGCGCGCCUGCAGUGUUCCCCUUUGUGCGCCGCGCCACGAGCCCGUUGUCAACAAGAACAGCACACCCCGUUGAAAUAGACCGCCUGUCGCCCGGGGUUGCGCCCCAGUUGCUGUUCAAGACGCUGGUCAAGCACGCUGGCCACGCGGAUCCUGUCUCGGCCCUACAGCCCUGCAGAACUUUGCACGGGAACUAGAUCGCAAGCGAUAUUAUACAUUUAUCAUUCGCCGAGCCUCCAUGGCCGAUCACUGAUUCACGCGGGCGCGCCCUUCGCCUCCGCCAACAGGUUAGCGAUCUCGACGAAGGACUCGACGUACACGUCGACCUCGCCGCCCUCGC